UGGAAGUACCCAGUUUGUAGCAGGGGUAGGUGCAACAGAUCGUUCACCUUGGUUCCAUUAGAAAGACAAGUGAAGUGUGUCUACACCUAACAUUUUCCAUUUCACCAUUUUCUCUACUCUGCCAAGAACGAUACCAAACCAAAACUGCAAAAGUUGAAACAAGGAAUAAAUAAAACCCACUCUUUUUUAUUUAUAAAUCUGGGGUCUUUUUAUCAGUAGGGUUAGAUUUUGGGGUGGCUGGUUUUAAGAUAAUGGAUUUGGAAUUCUUGCAAUCUGUGGAUGUUCAGAUUCUUGUUGGUGUAGCUGUAGCGGUUUUAGCCAUUGGCGUUGCUGCUGCUUAUCUGUUUUCCUCUAGGAAAUCCAAAGGCUGUCUAGAUCCUGAGAAUUACAAAGAGUUUAAACUUGUCAAACGACAGCAGCUGAGCCAUAAUGUGGCAAAGUUCGCAUUUGCACUUCCUACUCCUACUUCAGUUUUGGGUCUUCCCAUUGGACAGCAUAUAAGUUGCAGGGGCAAGGAUAGCCAAGGUGACGAGGUUAUUAAACCAUAUACACCUACAACAUUGGAUUCUGAUGUUGGUUAUUUUGAAUUAGUUAUUAAGAUGUAUCCUCAAGGGAGGAUGUCACACCAUUUCAGAGAGAUGCGUGUUGGUGAUUACCUUCCUGUGAAAGGACCCAAGGGGCGGUUCAGGUAUCAACCUGGUCAAGCUAGGGCAUUUGGGAUGAUUGCUGGAGGCUCUGGCAUUACUCCAAUGUUCCAAGUAGCCAGAGCCAUAUUGGAGAACCCGAAAGACACAAGUAAUGUACACCUUAUUUAUGCAAAUGUCACAUAUGAGGACAUUCUUUUAAAGGAAGAAUUGGAUGGCCUUGUUGCCAAGUACCCUGGUCGCUUCAAAGUCUACUAUGUUUUGAACCAGCCUCCUGCAGUGUGGGAUGGUGGUGUCGGCUUUGUGUCAAAGGAAAUUAUUCAAAUCCACUGCCCUGCACCGGCACCUGAUAUCCAGAUUCUACGGUGUGGCCCACCACCCAUGAACAAGGCCAUGGCUGGACACCUUGACGCCCUUGGAUAUUCACCUGAGAUGCAGUUUCAGUUCUGUCCCUAGUCAAGAUGAAGCUCCACCCGCUUGAUUUAUCUUCUGCAUUGGUUCGACCAAAGCCAUUUGUUCUGUACUCUUCUGCGUUGUAAUGGAAACUUUAACCAUUGGAGCCAAGGGCCUUACUUCGGAUGCUUUGAACUUUUAUGAGAGUUUUCCAUGACAAUGUACUGGAAUAAUGCAAAUGAAGCUAGUGAACUUAGUAAUCGUGAUUUUGCAACUUUUAUAGAACUAA